AUGAAGUGCUUUUCGUUCCAUCUCACUUUUUCGUCUCGACUUUGUUUUCGUUUUCCGUUUCUUUGCCGCCUUUGGACAACGAUUGCAGUAUGCGAUCCCGUCUUUGUCUUUCUCAAUGAUUGCUCGUCUCUUUUUCACCUUCGUAUCUCGUUCGCCUUUGGGAGUGUAGAGUGCAUUGCUAAUCUCUUAACCGCUCCUGCUCUCUCUCCGUCCGAAUCCCACGCUCCCGCUUUGAUCUCAGCUGGGAGAGCUGCCAACCUGUUUGCAUGGCUUUGUGUUAUUUUUAGUUGCAGCUGCAGUUUUAGACAAAAAAUAAUAAAGAACAUGAAGUAUGCCCCACGCAAUCGAAAGAGUCCCAAAGCGGGCACGGAAAGUGAAGCGUCGGCCAACAAGACCACAACACCUACAUCAUCAAGCAUAUUAUCACCGGCAUUCACAUCUGCAUCUCCGGGAGGCACUAACAUACCACUAAAAGACACCUCAAACUUGCGGGAGGACGGCCAAAAAUCUCUGAAGAGCUUGGAGACGCUUGCCCAGAAAACAGGCAUCUGUUUCGACGAGGAUUUGGCUAGUACGUCGCCGAGUCAAACGCCCAGCAGCCAAACACGUGACGCAGCCGGAACGUCGCCCAUUAAACAGCGACGCCAUCCACUUCUGCCGCUUGUAGGUAAUUCACCAAGGACUCCCAUCUCGACGAGACGCGGCCGCACGCUGGAGAAGUCACAGAGUCCUGCCCAACAGGUGGCAGCCGCCACCACGGUGCCUCUGCAGAUCUCUCCGGAGCAGCUGCAGCAGCUCUACGCGAGCAAUCCUUAUGCCAUCCAGGUUAAGCAAGAGUUUCCAACCCAUACAACGGGUGCGGGCACGGAGCUAAAGCAUGCGACCAACAUUUUAGAUGUUCAGCAGCAGAUGCAGCUGCAGCAGCAGCUCUCGGAUGCCAAUGGAGCCGGAGGAGCUGCUGGAGGCACAGGAGUAGCGGGAGGAGCACCAAGUCCAGCCAACUCCCAGCAGACGCAACAGCAGCAGCACUCGACAGCCAUCAGCACGAUGUCCCCGAUGCAGCUAGCGGCGGCUACCGGAGGAGUGGGCGGUGAUUGGGCGCAGGGCAGGACCGUGCAGCUGAUGCAGCCCUCCACCAGCUUCCUGUAUCCGCAGAUGAUUGUGUCCGGUAAUCUGCUGCAUCCUGGCGGUCUUGGUCAGCAGCCCAUCCAGGUGAUCACUGCCGGCAAGCCCUUCCAGGGUAACACGCCCCAGAUGAUCACCACCACCACGCAGAAUGCCAAGCAGAUGAUUGGGGGACAGACGCAGUUUGCCGGCGGCACCUACGCCUCUUGCAUCCCCUCCAACCACAGUCAGUCGCCACAGACGCUGCUCAUCUCGCCGGUGAAUGUGAUCUCGCACUCGCCGCAGCAGCAGCAGAACCUGCUUCAGUCGAUGGCUGCUGCCGCCCAGCAACAGCAGCAGCAGCAACAGUUGACACAGCAGCAGCAACAACAGCAGCAGAUUUCUCAACAGCAACAACAGCAGCAGCAGCAGCUCACGGCGGCCCUUGCGAAGGUGGGCGUAGAUGCGCAGGGCAAGAUGGCCCAGAAGGUGGUCCAGAAGGUGACCACCACCAGUAGCACGGUGCAAGCGGCGACAGCGGGCGGAGCAGCAGCCACGGCAGCCCAGGCCCAGCAGGUGCAACAGGUCCAGCAGCAGCAGCAGCAGACUACGCAAACCACCCAGCAAUGCGUUCAAGUCUCGCAGUCGACGUUACCCGUGGGCGUGGGAGUGGCCCAGGCCGGCCAGUCCGUUCAGUCAGUCCAGGCCGCGCAGCUUCUGAACGCCGGCCAGGCUCAGCAGAUGCAGAUCCCCUGGUUUUGGCAGAAUGCGGCUGGACUGCAGUCCUUUGGCUCGAACCCGAUCAUCCUGCGGGGCCAGCCGGACGGAACCUCGGGCAUGUUUAUCCAGCAACCGACCACGCAGACUCUGCAGACGCAGCAGAACCAGAUCAUCCAGUGCAAUGUCACCCAGACGCCCCCCAAGGCGCGCACCCAACUGGACGCACUCGCUCCCAAGCAGCAACAGCAGCAGGCGGGAACUGCCAACCAGACACAGCAGCAGCAACAGCAGCAACAGUUGGCGGUGGCCACUGCGCAGUUGCAGCAGCAGCAACUUACGGCAGCGGCGCUGCAGAGACCUGGUGCCCCGAUCAUGCCCCACAAUGGCACCCAGGUGCGUCCGGCCAGCUCGGUGUCCACGCAGACAGCCCAGAACCAGAGCUUGCUGAAGGGCAAGAUGCGCACCAAGCAGCAGCCGGUGCGACCUGCCUUGUCCGCCCUGAAGACGGAGAACGGCCAGUUGGCGGGUCAGAACAAGGUGGUGGGUCACAUGGCCACCGUGCAGCAGCAACAGCAGGCGACGGCGAAUCUCCAGCAAGUGGUCAACUCGGCGGGCAACAAAAUGGUUGUGAUGAGCACGACGGGCACUCCCAUUACACUCCAGAACGGGCAGACCCUGCACGCAGCCACUGCGGGAGUGGCGGGUGUGGACAAACAGCAGCAGCAGCAGCAGUUGCAGUUGAUUCAGAAACAGCAGUAUCUGCAGCAGCAAAUGUUCCAGCAGCAGAUAGCUGCCCUCCAGAUGCAGCAGCAGGCGGCAGCUCAGGCCCAGCAGCAGCAGCAGCAACAAGUCACUCAACAGCAGCAGCAAGUGACCGCCCAGCAACAGCAGGCUGUGGCGCAGGCCCAGCAGCAACAGAGGGAACAACAGCAGCAAGUGGCCCAGGCUCAGGCACAGCAGCAACAGGCGCUUGCCAACGCCACCCAGCAGAUCCUCCAAGUUGCUCCAAACACCUUCAUUACCUCCCACCAGCAACAGCAGCAGCAACUGCACAACCAAUUGAUACAGCAGCAACUGCAACAACAGGUGCAAGCGCAAGCUCAAGUGCAGGCGCAUGUCCAAGCCCAGGCCCAGGCACAGCAGCAGCAGCAGCAGCAGCAGCAGCAGCGAGAACAACAGCAGAACAUCAUCCAGCAGAUUGUGGUGUCGGGCGGAGCGACAUCACAGCAGCAACAGCAGAACACCGGGCAACUGCAACUGAAUAACGUGCCCUUCACGGUGUCUUCGACCACGACGCCAGCCGGAAUAGCCACCUCCAGUGCCCUGCAGGCGGCUCUGUCCGCCUCAGGGGCCAUCUUCCAGACAGCAAAGCCCGGCACUUGCAGCUCGUCUCUGCCCACCAGCAGUGUGGUUACCAUUACCAAUCAGAGCUCGACUCCUCUGGUCACCAGCAGCACGGUGGCCAGCCUCCAGCAAGCGCAGGCUCAAGCCCAGCUCCAACAGCAGCAGCAGCAGUUGAUCACCACCGCCAUGGCAGUAGCUUCUCAGCAGCAGCAGCAGCAGCAGCAGCAACAACAGCAGGGACCACCCUCCCUGACGGCCACGACGCCCUCGCCAACCACCAACCCCAUCCUGGCCAUGACCUCCAUGAUGAAUGCCACGGUGGGUCACCUGUCAAGCGCUCCACCGGUAACAGUCUCUGUGACCAGCACCGCAGUCACUCCAUCGCCGGGUCAAUUGGUUACACUAAGCAGUGCCAGCACACCCACCAAGGAGACGCCUUCGAAGACGGCCACCCUGGUGCCCAUUGGCUCGCCCAUGACGCCCGCAUCUGUCUCAGCUCAGGACAGAAGCGCCACGCCAAAAUCCUCGACUCCAGCCAAUGCGAGUGCGUCCGUGGAGGCCAGCAGUUCCACCGGCGAGGCCCUGCCCAACGGAGAAGUCACUGAGGCGGCGUCCACGCCGACGCGGGCUGCCACCACGCCCACCAGCAAGCAAAGCAACGUGGUCCAGCCCACGAGCAGCAGCGCCGCCACACCCAGCACACCCAGUGGUAAGGAGGAGACGAAAGUGGCCACCUCCACCAGCUCUAGCGCAGCCACAACGCCCACCACGACGAAGACGGUCAGUAAUGGGAUCGGAACGGGCAGGAGCACGGCGUGCACCACAGGUAGCACCACUGUGACCACCACCACCACUGUGAGCACCACCACGACCUGCAGCAGUGCGACCAGUACAACCACCACGACGAUCUGCAGCAAUGGGGCGAAGGAUCUGCCCAAGGCGAUGAUCAAGCCAAACGUGCUGACCCACGUCAUCGAUGGCUUCAUCAUCCAGGAGGCCAACGAACCCUUUCCGGUCACCAGACAGCGCUAUGCGGACAAGGAUGUCGCCGAUGAACCGCCCAAGAAAAAGGCGGCCAUGCAGGAGGACAUGAAGCCCAGUGGAACAGCGUCCGCUCCAGCCUCCGAUAUGGUGGCCUGCGAGCAGUGCGGCAAGUUGGAGCACAAGACGAAGCUCAAGCGGAAGCGUUUCUGCUCGCCGGGAUGCGCCAGGCAGGCGAAGAACGGCAUUGGAGGCGGCGGAAUGGAGACCGGGGAGACGAACGGCCUGGGAACCGGCGGAAUCGUUGGGGUGGACGCCAUGGCGUUGGUCGACAAGCUAGACGAGGCCAUGGCCGAGGAGAAGAUGCAGACAGAGGCUUUGCAGGCCAUGUCCGAGCCCCUGCCCUUUCUGGCGGCUCCAACGGAAGUUCUGCCGCUGUCCCUGCCUGUGCUGGCCCCCGCCAUUCCGACGCCUGCGCCACUGGCACUCCCUCUGCCGCCGCUGCCGCUGGGAUUGCCGUUGCCAGUAGCUAUACCGGCUCCAGGUCCACUGCCAGCAGUGAUUCCUGCCGCGGCGCCUGCACCCACCACUUGCAGUUCAAACGGAACUGAUCGCCCGCCCAUCAGCAGCUGGAGUGUGGAAGAGGUCAGCAACUUUAUCCGGGAACUGCCGGGCUGUCAGGACUAUGUGGACGACUUCAUUCAACAGGAGAUCGACGGCCAAGCGCUUUUGCUGCUUAAGGAGAAUCAUCUGGUGCAUGCCAUGGGCAUGAAACUGGGGCCUGCACUCAAGAUCGUGGCCAAGGUGGAGUCCAUGAAGGAGGUGUCGCCCCCUGCCGAUGGCAAGGAGGCCACGGCAGCGUCGACAAUAGCGGCGGGAGCACAAUAGUGUCGGCGUGAUGACCCAGACGAGAUGAUGCUCUCGCCCUCGUAUUCAAUAACUCCACCACCUUAUUCGCCGGUGGGGGCGGUGCCGGCCGCAUCCGUUCCCGCCAGCACUCCGCCGGAGUCCGAGGACAGCAGUGGCGGCAGCCACCUGUGCUUCGACUUGACGACGCGCCUCUGCCACGACCUUAAGCUGGAGGAGGAGCAAUAGCUCUGGACCGGGUCUAACCGGGUCCGCCGCCGUCGUCCAAGGAGAAUCUGAUUCCCCUGGGGCGGACCGAAGCGAAUAAAAGCAAUUUUAGGGCAUUUUUUGAAGGUAAACUAAGGUUAAUCGGAAUCGUUGGUCUUCUCGUAGCUAAAGCGAAAGCCGCCGCAUGUAAGAUAAAGCAUAGACUGUUCUCCCGGUCAUCAAUCAUCUAUCAUCAAUCACCCAGGUCGACAAGAGAAAAUACUAAGACUAAAAGCGAAUUAUCCUAAAAGAUCUUGGUUUAUUGUUAAUUCGAAAUCGAAAAAUAUUUGUAAUAAUUUUCAAAAAUUUAUUGACGCAAUCCGCAAGUUUUAUCAAGCUUGGAAAAGUGCCAAAACAAGGAGUAUAGCACUGUUUCCACCAUAUGUCUUUCAGAAUUAAUCGCGUUUAGUCUCCGAUUAAAAAAGUUUCGGUUUUGUCGACCUGUGUCAUCAUCCUUGUACAGACACACCAACUUCCAAUUAAAACGUUGUUUGGGCUUUAAACAAACCCAACAAAUUGAGAUAUCACUGGAUUUAUAGCCCCAUUCAAUUGCUACAUAUUAUGACUUUUUUUUUUUAUACCUUUGUAGGGUAUUAUAAUUUAGAACAGAAGCUUUCAGCGCAUCAUUUUCAGUUCCGAUCAUAUCCUAUUCAUGAUAUUCAGGAUCGUCGUUUAUGUUUUUGAAAAAUUAAUCAAAAACAAAUUACCUGUUAGUUUUUCUUGUCACUUGACUAAAAUGGAUCGAAUUGUAAUGAUCUAAUUGCAAACUGGCAAGAACACCUAAUAUAUGUGCAUUAUAGGGACUUAAAUUGUUAUUUAUAUACCAUUUUUUUUAAAGAAAAUUAAAGUACACAAAUGCAGUAGCUAAUUUCAAUUUGGCAAACUUGUCUAUCCUAGUUUUUAUUAUGUUAACAAAUCAGCAUAUUGAGUUUAAAAAUUUAGAAAAUUAAAAUUAUGUUGAAUCUUUGACAAUUUUUAACCAAUUCAAAUUUUGAAAAAAUGUACUACAUUUGUUUUUCUUACAAGCAAAGGAUAUAUAUGAUUUAUAGGGUCAAAAAUGACUCCAUCAGCUUCUGACUUAAAUUAUAAUACCCUACUAGGGUAUAAAAAUAUGGAAUAGAAUGUAAUUAUAUGUAGCAGUGGAAUUGCACUCUUCGUUUUAAGCUGGAAAGAUGAAUACUUGAAUAAUUAUCAUUACGCCCUGAGCCUGAAGUAAAUCCUAAGCGAAACUGAACUGUAAAAAAAACUAGAAACUUAAUUUAAUCUCUAAGUGAAACUGAUUCUAUAGAGCUAAGCAGCUAAUUUAUAAACUACUUUAAGCGGAGAAGGCCGCCGUUUGCGGAAGGAACUACGAAUAUUUACAUGGCACGCGCGCGCGUCUGCCACAUUAUUAUAAGAUAUAUAUUUCAGUUUUUUUUAAAGUUCCGUGUGUAUACUUUUUUUUUUUUUUAACUUUUAUUGCUAUUGCUAAAUGAAAUAUAAAGAAAACUCACUGCAUAGUGUUUCAUAGAUGUGAAAAUGA